AUGGGCACUCAUUCACUCUAUCACUUAGUAAUAUUAUUAGAGGAAACUAAGAAGAAAUUAUCAAAAUCGCUUUCAUACAGUUCUCCAUCCUUACCGUAUCCAUUUAUUAUUCGGAAGUCGCUAAAAAAGGCUAGGCACUCCGAAUUAAAUACUCCAGAUAUUCAAGGUAGCAGGCAAUUUAAUCAAAUUACUGUGGAGACGUAUACAAUGGAUACCUCAGAGUCGUGGGAUCUAGACAAUUGCGAAGAGAUAAGUUUUCUGUCGGGUAAUCCAACAGUCGAAACCACUGAAGGUAUCAUACAUAUAUACAAAAAUCAGAGAGAAGUUCCACGAUGUAAUGACAUGGUUACGAGCACUGUGCUAUGUUUCUUUUCUGUACCAUCUCAUAUAACAGUGAAAGACUUACUGAGGUUUAUUUCACCUAUGCGUAAUGUGAUUGUAGAGCUGAAAAUCGUAAAGGAUAGUACUCCAAAUCAGUAUAUGGCAUUGAUAAAGUUUCGUACACCUGAAGACACAGGCCAUUUUUAUGAUACUUACAAUGGCACUUCUUACAAUACUUUGGAACAAGAAGCGUGCCAACUAAUGUAUGUCUCACAUGUAGAGAUCACGCACCCUUCUACAGGCGUUGCAUUUCCCACCAAAGAUUUAAGGGAGUUGCCUUCUUGUCCGGUGUGUUUGGAGCGUCUGGAUGAACCCGUGCAAGGGAUACUGACUACGAUUUUAUGUAACCACACAUUCCAUGAUGGGUGUAUUUCACAGGUAGAAGAUACCAUUUGCCCAGUUUGCCGUUAUGUCCAGUCACCUGAAAUGCUCUCUGACAGUCAGUGUGCAGACUGUGAUAUAAGAGAAAACUUAUGGAUUUGUCUCAUAUGUGGUCAUGUUGGUUGUGGUCGUUAUGGUCAAAAACAUGCACAGGUGCAUUUUGAGGAAACAGGACAUACAUUCGCCUUAGAGCUCGGCAAAACUUUGGUCUGGGAUUACGCCGAUGAUGCAUAUGUUCAUCGGCUGGCUGUUAAUCAUGAGGAUGGCAAAUUAGUUCAGCUUGGACCCAAUAAUGAAACUGGUAACAAAAAGCUAGAUAUAAUUAGCAUGGAAUUCAGUGCCAUCUUAACAAGUCAACUGGAAUCACAACGUGCAUACUUCGAGUCCCAACUGGAUUUAAUAACUACUCAGUCAAAUGUUCGUCUCGAAGAGAUGGAAUCCCGUGUCGAAUCUGCCUUAUCUGCUGCGCAAACAGCCGAAAAGAAACUCUCUGAAGUCAUAAAAGAGAACUUAGUCAUCAGUCGUAAAUUGCAACAAGCAACAUCACUAGCUCAACGUUUACAAAAGGAUUUGGAAGAAGAACGUGCUUUAAAUCGAAGUUUACUUAUAAAUGAGAAAACCUGGCGUGAAAGAACAGAACAAGCGGAAUCGGAAGCGAAAACAGCUCGUGCAGAAUGUAGGGAAUUACUAUUAAACUUGGAAUUACGAGAUAAAUUAAAUGAAUUAAACACAAAUAAAGAGCUGACAAAAGAUGAACUCGAAACAUGUGAAAUCUCUUUGCAACCCAGUAGUUCACAAAAAGCAAGUCGAAGACGACGUAAACGCUAG